AUGUAUAUACCAAGAAAAGGAGAAGCUGGAAGAUAUGCUUGGAUUGGGAUGUUUAUUUCCGAGGUUUUGUUCGGUUUAUAUUGGAUGGUCACUCAGGCAGUUCGUUUGAACGUUGUUUAUCGAUAUCCCUUCAAGGACAGACUCUCUUCCAGAUACGAAGACGAAUUGCCAGGGGUCGAUAUUUUUGUUUGCACUGCAGAUCCUAUGUUAGAGCCUCCAUCAAUGGUAAUGAACACAGUCUUGUCAGUAAUGGCAUACAAUUAUCCACCCGAAAAGCUGAGUGUUUAUCUCUCAGACGACGGGUGUUCAGAGUUAACAUUCUAUGCUCUCUGGGAGGCCUCUAUGUUCUCAAAAUAUUGGAUACCUUUCUGCAAGAAAUUUGCAGUCGAACCGAGGUCACCCGAAGCCUAUUUCAAUCUCAAUAUUGAUUUACAUGAUCCGGUCUCCGCAAAAGAAUGGGAGACUACUAAGAAACUAUAUGCAGAUAUGAAAACUCGAAUCCUUUCUUCCAUUGAAAAGGGUCACCUUUCGGAUGAAAUAAAGGGUCAACAUAAAGGGUUCUCAGAGUGGAACUCUAAGGUCACAAAGAAGGAUCAUCAAUCAAUUGUUCAGAUUUUAAUAGAAGGAUGGAACUUGAAUGCAGUUGAUAUUGAUGGAAAUCCAUUGCCAACACUCGUAUAUGUAUCCCGCGAAAAGAAACCACAAUGUGCACAUAAUUUUAAGGCUGGAGCUUUGAAUGCAUUGAUACGUGUGUCAUCAGAAAUAAGUAACGCUCCAAUGAUCCUCAACGUGGACUGUGAUAUGUACUCAAAUGAUCCAGAUGCAAUAUGGGACGCCUUAUGUUUCUUCAUGGAUGAGAAGCAAGGGCAACAAAUAUCCUAUGUCCAAUAUCCACAGAGCUUUGAGAAUAUUACAAAGAAUGAUCUUUAUUCAAAUGGAGGAUUUACAGCUUUCAAGAUUGAGCUUGCUGGGUUCGAUGGUUAUGGUGCUAUGCCAUAUAUUGGCACUGGAUGUUUCCACCGGAGGGAAAGUCUUUGUGGAAGGAAGUACACUGAAAAUUGUAAGGUUGAAUGGAAUGUCGUGAAAGAUAAGAUAAAGGGAAGAACAAUCAAAGAAUUGGAGGAAGCCAGUAAACUUGUUUCAAAUUGUAGCUAUGAAAAUGGCUCUCAAUGGGGAAAAGAGAUGGGAUUAGUUUAUGGAAUUGCUGCGGAGGAUAUGGUAACAGGCUUAACAAUCCAAUGCAGGGGAUGGAAACCUGUUUAUUACCAUCCCACAAAAAGGGCAUUCCGGGGUGUUGCUCCGACAACCUUAGAUCAACUUCUUGUACAGUACAAGAGAUGGACUGAAGGCAUGUUUCAAAUUUUCCUUUCCAAGUACUGUCCCUUAAUAUAUGGACAUGGGAAGAUCAAAUUUGGUGCCCAAAUAGGAUAUUGUAUGUACUUAUUAUGGGCACCGGUUUCACUACCCACAGUAUAUUAUGUGGUCAUUCCUGCUCUUUGCCUACUCCACGGCGUGCCGCUGUUCCCGAAGGUAUUUGGACUAUGGUUCCUACCAUUUGCAUAUGCAUUUGUUGCAAAAACUGCUUACAGCUUAAUAGAGGACCUAAUUUGUGGCAACACAUUGAAGGGAUGGUGGAAUUCUCAAAGAAUGUGGGUGAUUAGGCGGACGACAUCACAUUUCUUUGCCUCCAUUGACACAGUUUUCAGGCAAUUAGGCUUCUCUGAAACAGGAUUUGUAGUCACUGGCAAGGUGGUGGAUGAUGAUGUUCUAAAGAGAUAUGAGCAAGAAAUCAUGGAAUUCGGAAACUCAUCUAUAAUGUUUACAAUUAUUUCAACACUUGCAUUGUUGAAUCUUUUCAGCUUUAGUUGGGGAAUCAAGAAACUAGCUUUUGGUACAACAUUUGGGGCAUUGGAAAAUUUAAUCCCACAAAUUAUUAUUUGUGGAUUAAUUGCUAUGUUGAAUAUGCCAGUUUAUGAAGCUCUGUUCUUUCGGAGGGACAAAGGAUGUAUACCAUCUUCAGUUAUGUUCAAGUCUAUUGUCAUAGCAUCGGUGGCAGUUCUUAUACCUAUUUACUAG